GGAAUGAGGUAGGAAGUUUUUGUAUUCUAUCUGAGAUGACGUUGUAAGCUCGUAGUAGUAUUGUAAAGUCUCAAAUAUUCGAUAGAUAACUGAAUUUGUGUACGGUCGGCAAUAUAAUUCUAUGGUCAAAUCACUUAUGCAAUAAAAGCAAUGAAUUGUUUGAUAUGGAAUCUUUUGUAGUUCACUUAAAAUUUAAACACAUUACAGAGUUAUUACAUAUUUCCCCCAAAUGCACUGGUACGACUGAGAGUGUGGAGAGUCCACUCUUCCUCUCGAAACGCUCUCACAUGGUUACACGUAUACAGUCACUGUCAGGAAAGUCCUACCCACUUCCUUCUCGUGGUGGGGGUGUUGUCUACGAAAGUGAGAGAACGAAAAGCCAACGUCCAGAGCUUAAACCGGAUUGGUGGAUAUGGAGGAUCCAUCUAGAAGAGUUGGGAAACCUUGAUUCCAAACCAAUGGUGCAUAUGGGCUCCAGGGUCCUAAUUUAACAAAUGGAGUAUGAACCUACUGUUGGUCACAGGCUACCAUGAGACUGCAUCUCCUAACGUUACUCC